CUUAAGAGUAUUGGGUUGAGGAGAUCAGAUAGGCAGUCGCUCUUUGUAAAACACUUGUACUCUGCUGCAUGCAUAGACUGGAAGCAAACCCCAACUUAGUUGGGAAAAGGCUAGGCAGAUGAUGAUGAUUCUGAAACUAAGAGGCUUGAUCGCUGGAAUUUUCUAAAUUAUUUGACAUCCAUUAGGAAACUCCAUCCUACCUAUCUAUCCGAGCGUGGUGUUCAAGAAAAACGUUGAUAUGAAAUCAAAGUUUUACAAAAACGUAGGUAAUGUCAUCUUUAAUAGGAAUAUGUAUGUAUGCUACAAGCUCACAUCGAAUGAAAUGCGUCAGAUGCGUUAAAGGUCAAAAUUAAGUAGAUUUAUAUUGCUGAGUCUACGAUUGGACUUUGUCUUGAUUCUUGAUGACGUAUUCUCUUAAAUAAUAUUGCGGAAAGAGCGAUCUCUACAGUUAAGUAAAUAUGUAACAUAAUAAGUUUUUUGAAAAUGCCGUAACCACUAACAAUUUACGCCUGAAAAUGGAAUUACUGAAUUAAUUUGGACUUUACCUCUUACUAUAUCUGACGUUGACAGAAAAGGAUAAGGUUUAACUGAGCUAAGGACAUAAAUACCCCGAACAAGUAUGAGGAAACUUAUAACUUAUUCAAACAUAGAUUUGAUCUUUGAAAGACCCAUCGGCGCAUACAAUAAGUAGGGACGUAAUCAGGACAUCACCUUCAGUUCCCUGUAAGCAGUUAGUAAGAACGAUGUGGCCCCUUAUAGCAUUCUCAGUAUUUUUAGCGUUCUAUUUCCUCAAAAAUAAAUUCAAAAGACCACGCCUAUAUCCACCAGGACCGACACCUUUGCCGAUUUUGGGAAACUUGCUAUCCGUUGCUUUGAACUUGAGGUCUAAGAUACCUCACCAUACUCUAUGGCGUCGCUGGGCAAACUUGUAUGGGAACCUGCUGGGUUUGAGACUGGGACUCAUCAAUGUUGUCAUUGUCUCGGGGAAGGAUUUGAUAAAGGAGGUGUCAACUCGUGAAGUUUUUGACGGGAGACCCGAUGGGUUUUUCUUCAUGAUGAGAUCGUUCGGUAAAAAGCUCGGAAUCGUUUUUAACGAUGGAACCUCGUGGUCCAAGACAAGGCGCAUUGUUCUAAAAUAUCUAAAAAGCUUUGGAUACAACACACGUUUCAUGGAAAACUACAUAAGUGAGGAGUGCAGAGAGCUUGUUAAGUUGAGAACAAACGACGCCGGGAGGCCGAUACUAGUGAAUAACAUGUUUAAUAUUACAAUCGUCAAUAUACUGUGGAGGCUCGUCGCUGGGAAAAGAUACGAUUUAGAAGACAAAAAGCUGAAAUUGCUUUGUGACCUGAUAAUGAGGCUGUUUCGUGCUGUAGAUAUGAGUGGGGGCAUACUGAAUUUCAUGCCGUUUAUGAGGCAUGUGUUCCCAGGACUGUCAGGAUACAAAGAAUUGAGUGGCAUACAUAAAGCUCUUCAUGAAUUCUUGAAGGAAACCAUACAACAACAUGAACAAAGCAUCGACGUCAACAACCCUCGUGACGUCAUUGACGCCUUUCUCAUUGAAAAAAUGGAAUGCAAAGAUCAAUUCUUUACAGAUGAAGAACUUCAAGUUGUCUGCCUAGAUCUCCUGGAAGCUGGCAUGGAGACAGUGUCCAACACCGCGGUAUUCAUGCUGCUACACAUAGUCUUGAACGAUGAUGUACAGCGACGGCUGCAUGACGAAAUUGAUGACGUCAUCGGUCCCCUCACACCACCUGCACUCAGCGACAGAGCCAGGAUGGUGUACACCGAGGCGGUGUUACUGGAGUCCUUACGAAUAUCAAGUGUCGCAGCCAUGGGCAUCCCGCAUAUGGCCCUUGAAGACGCGCGACUCGGCAAUUACAUUAUACCCAAGGGGACAUUCAUUCUGUUGUCUAUGUACGACCUGCAUAAUGGUACGCAUUGGAAGGACCCCGACACAUUCCGACCAGAGAGGUUCAUCACUAAAGAAGGAAAUCUUAUUCAAGACGAGUCGCUUAUGCCUUUUGGAACAGGAAAGAGACGUUGCAUAGGGGAAGGGUUAGCUCGAUCGGAACUGUUUAUGUUCCUUACGCAUAUUCUGCAAACGUUUCGUAUCAAGAUACCAGAAGGGGAUACAAUACCAUCUAUAGAACCUAACGACGGACUCUCGCUGUCCGCCAAACCAUUCAGAGUAAUUUUUGAAAAAAGAAUUUGAGUCUUGUCAUUUGUUUUAACGGCCUACAUUGUUCAUCCUACAUCAUUUGUUUAUAGGUACUUGAUGAAUGGAAUAACACUGAUUUGAUUCUUGUGAAUGGAAAGACGGUUUAACUAAUUAAAUGUCGUUAGCUCUUGCUCAACUUGUUUUAUUGAUGACAUUAGCAGAAUUGUUGUGAAAUGAAACUUCCCCGUCAUGAUUUAAAAAUUCAGAUUCUCAAAGCUAAUGUAAAUUAGUAGGCAGUAACAACACAACGUCUUUGAAA